UGGUUACAAUUCACUUAAAAUUUUCUUUAAGCCGAAUUAGAUACUUAAGGAGUCCAUAUAUAUGUUUCUAAUUUUUACAACUACAAUGGACCAUUGAGAAAUAUGGGCAGUCUAGUCGGAAAUCAGUUUCGACUGUUUGACCUACCAUUCUAUUUUCGCGCCAACUCAUAUCAUCAUCUUCAUAAUGAAACCCGUCCUAAAACCAGAACAAAUCCCAGAAAGUAUUUGAAAUUAUUAGCUAAACUUGAUGAUUCUUCAACACCCACGAAUUCCAAGCAAGAAGUAAAUCUAUCAGUCCUCCGCUUUACUUUCGGAAUUCCUGGAUUUGAUGAAUCUUAUUUGCCCAGAUGGAUUGGCUAUGCUUUUGGAUCUUUAAUUAUUUUGAACCAUUUUGUUGGUUCAAAAUCUCCAGUAACUUCAGCUCAGCUUGUAUCAGAAGCUUUGGGUCUUUCUCUGGCAGGCUUUUCUGUUACACUUCCAUACUUGGGAAGGUUUCUCAAGGGAGCAACACCGGAGGAGCUAACAAAUCUCCCUCAACGUGCUCAACAAACUUUUGUAAUGUCCCAAAAUGUUUCAGAUACCCUCAAGGAGGAUCUUGCUUGGACGACAUAUAUUUUACUACGUAAUACAAAGUCUAUCUCAGUACUUAUAGCUUUGCAAGAUGUGAUAUGUGUACGUGGCUAUUGGAACUUACCAGAAAAUUUAUCCAAGGAUGAUAUUCUUAAUUGGUUUAUGGAUAAAAUAAAGAAACGUGGACUGUCAGAUGUGGACGAGACACUCUAUUUUUCUCAAGGCACAGGUUCAGUACUGGAGGAGGCUAUUCCUGAGGAGACUGGUUCUAUUUUAAUACAGCCACUUCGCUCUACAAAUCCAAAGAGUGAGGGAAAGGAGAACGUUGUAGGAUUUGUGCUUGUAGGUUCAAGUAUAAGCUACGCUUAUGAUGAAAAAGAUGUCUUGUGGAUAAAAGCCAUAGCCAACAAAUUAAAAGGUUAGGCGAUAAGCAUAGGUUCUGAAAUAUCAUAGUUCUUGUGUGUCAGGCCACCAGAUUAAAAUGUAGUCUGCAAUUUUCUUAUUUUAGUGACUUUGUGAAUGACUUGCAUUAUAGUGUGUUACCUUGUGAUAUAUAUGCUGCAUAUUCUUUUUGAUUGAUUA